AAAGUCAAUCACCCACCCCGACAUAAAGGCUGAACAGGAGUCAGUUUGCACAACGCCCUACCUGCCCACUCCACACUGUGGCACGGAGUCGCACAGCUGCUACAACGUAAACUACCCAGUGUUCUGGCAGUCUGCGCAGGAAGCGGACGCAGCACAGCAGACAAGAAGCUAGCGGUCUGUCAGUCCGACUAUCUGCCGAAUAAACUAGGCUACACAAGAAGCGGAGCAGAUAACCACUCCGACAGAUCCAUGUCCAGUCCCAGCGGUUGAAAGAACAGAAAUAAACGAGAGGACACCUUCACAUGCAUGAAGAGCAACACAACACAAGGGACUGUGAGUGCAGGUGAGGUGAGGACAAGGACAAGUCCUUCAUCCGUCCAUCAACGUCCGAAGUGUCCCGGUGCCGCCCACUCUCAGGUCACCUCAACCGCGACGGCGGCCGAACAAAUAGGAGUCUCUCAAACCCAGCGUCCCUCAGACUGCCUUCCUUCGCAAAGCAAAUAUUUGAGGCCAUUAUAUCUCAUUUCCCAGGGCUAACCUUCAGUGAAAAGAUCAACGGAAAAGGAGUGAUCGCUCAGAGAGAGACGGACAAAGAAAGAAAGAAAGAAAGAAAGAAAGAAAGAAAGAAAGAAAGAAAGAAAGAAAGAAAGAAAGAAAGAAAGAAAGAAAGAAAGAAAGAAAGAAAGAAAGAAAGAAAGAAAGGGGGAGGGUGAAAAAUAGUAACCCUUUCAAAGUGAACUCUGCCUGCUAUUUCUGCUGCGCUGUGGGCAGGAGAACAUCCCAUUUGGGAGUGCUGUUGGCCAGUGGCAACAGGAUUUCCCUGCACCCUGCCCAUUUAUCCAAAUGCCUGUGUAAAUACUAGAUAGAGAUAUCAAUUUGUCUGCGCUCCAACAGUGCCCAAAAAGAGACUAUAAGCUAUCUAUAGCACGCUCCACAACAAACUUGGCCUCUGUGGUCACAGAAUUGCUACCUAUUUAUUUCCUCAGUAGAGAGAUUCAGGAACUGUGAGUGAGAAUGGGAGCUGCUAUGUCUUUAGUUCUGAAGCAGAAAGCUUACUGAAAAGCUCACACCAGACUAUAACUUGAAAGGUACAACAAUAAAUCCAGGGGGAACACCUUUCGCCACUAGCUGCAGGAGAAGGCAGCCAUUUUGGGGCUGCUGUUUUGAUGUCUUUACCCAAAAGGGUGGAGCACCAUGAAACCGCUAACACCCAUAGGAUCCCCCUCACCUCUGAGGCUCCUCAACAAGGGCCCGGACUACCUGCGUAGGCAGAUGGAGGGUGGGGGCCAGGGCCGAUCUAUCAGCGCUGUAGAGAGACUAGAGGCAGACAAGGCCAAGUACGUUAAGAGCCAGCAGGUCAUUAACACCAAACAGGAGCCUGUCCUGGUGCCCUGCACACCACCUCCUCCACACCGUCGUCCCCUCACCGUGCCUGGGAGUCUCACCCCACGGCUGCCACCCCGCCGAUCCUCUGCCCCUUUCACCACCCUGACCGGCCCACUCAACGUACGAGACGAGAACGAGAAUGAUGACUCGAGGAAGGAGAAUCGGAGGACGUCGGUGGAUGUGGAAGCACGGAACAGGAGUAACGCCAACAAGGUGACCCCACCCAGCCCCAGGACCCCCAGGACACCACCCUCCGUACCCCUGGUAGCCCCUCACAGUGCCCCCAUCCUGAGGAGGAGCACCGGUAAGCGCAUGCUGCGGCCUGACUCCCUGGUCAUCUACCGGCAGAAGAAAGAGUGUAAAAGCCUGCCUAGUAGUGGCGUCAUACUGGGGAACUCCAACAUGGAGAUAAAGGGGUACAACUUUGUCCGCCGCCUCUUCCAGGGCUCCAUGCGGGAGAAGAGUGGCGGGGGCGAGGGGGACACCCAGAAGAUGGUGAUCAGCGAGGAGAAAGCUCUGUCGCGGGAUGGUGACUCACGCAUGUCCUGGACCAAUGACAAGGACACCGUGGACGGGGGACAGGGAGGGCCGGGUAGCCGGAGAUCCAGUAAGACGGACCACGAGCGCUCACCGCUGCCCAGCCCUGGCCUCAGCCCUGGCUUCAGCUGUACACUGGAGCGGACUAAGAAUAGUGUUAGCUGUGUUAGCACUGGCGCCACCAAUGGUACCAGAAAUGGCAAUGGCAUCACCAAGGGCAACAACGUGAGUGACCACACUAACAACGAGGCGGACAUCUGGAAGCGGGUGCCGCCGCCACCACCACCGCGGUGGCGUUCAGGACUACAACGCUCCAAGUCAGAUCUGCUUCUGCGAUGCUCAGUGGCGUUGUCUGACCAGGAGCGUUUCUUUGACUACUGCGGGCUGGACCUGGACAUGGUGGACCGGCUGGGGCCUGAGAACUUCCUGGGUGGGGCCAGCGACGUAGACACGCUCUCAUUGGUGCUGAGGAGCAUAGGGGGAGGGGGCGGUGGCUCGGAGCCCAGCGAGUUCUCCCGCCACUCAGGAGAGGCGGGGCUUUUCCAGGAGGAGGUGGCCGAGAAGCUGACCACGGGGGUGUCAAUCAUCGAGAGGAACGCCCGUGUCAUCAAAUGGCUCUACAGCUGCAAGAACGCAGCACAGGAGGGGCCCAAAGAGUCCACUGUUUAGACACCACUUCUCUAAAAGAAGUGACUGAAGGACAGAGACUUUGUUAUUGUAUUGUAAUCCUUAGUCUUCUCCCAGGUUGAUAUGCUGUAUUUAUAUGUCCUACGGAAAGUGUGAGGGGUGUGGAUGGCCUACACCUUAUUUUCGAGUGGAAUCAUUUACCCCUGAAGAUGUUAGUGUCAGUGAGUGUGUGUGGUUGUGUUGGAUAUGGCUGUCCCGCCCACUCCCCUCUGACUCUACAACCAACAAAAAGGCGCAUCAGUGAGAAAACAACAGGCACAGAUGAGGCUGUAUUUAGUGUCGUGGACGCACAACAACACAACCCUACUCUCUUCUCUCGAACAAAUUCAUAAUUUAGAAUGGAAAACCACCGUUUUUUUCUAGACUGGAGUGAACCGUGAGUACCUCAUUCCGAACUGUGCCAGUUUAGUUUGUGUGUUGCUUUUUUUUUUUUUCUUAAACGCAGGCGUUGCGACAAACACGCGAGGGACCCCUGUGGGGUCGUUAAUGCACUGAAAUGGACGAAAAGU